CUUGGCAACUGAGAUCAAAACAAAGAGUGCAGCAAAUAUUCAUCGCGGAGUGUGCGGUGGAAGAAGUGUGGAUCUAGGCUAUGUUAGUAAAGAUGUAAUGAAAUGAACGCUUUUUAAAACAACAAGCUUAUCAUCAGGUAUGAGUAUAAGUACAAGGUAUAAACAUUUUAACAAACAAAAUGUAUGAGAUAGAUCGAGAACGGGUUUGUUCACCUCUGUCUGAUCAUCAUCGACCUAAGUUUGAUCUACCGAAAAUGCAGAGGUCAGGGAUCAGAAAUGGCACAUCACAUGUCAAUGUUUCCCUGGAAGAUAUUCAGUCAGUGAUAAAGCAGAAACCAACCAAGAAGAAUAUAUGGGAGCCUGACGUGGCCUCCAUGAUCUCAUCCAAAAAGUGGCUUUCCACAUAUGGUCUGAAGAAGAAUAGGCUAAGCCUAGGGCAGAUAUUAGCUUCCAUAGGAUUCAAGCAUUUUGAUGAUUUUGAUCAUGCACUGAAGAAACCAGUUUGUUCACGUUAUGGCGAGGGUCUUUUCUCCAGAUAUCCAAGAAGAGACGGCACAGUUUUCAAUGUAAACCUAACUGUUGGCAAAGAAAAACUCAAGCAGAUUGAAAACAGUCUUCUCCAAGCCAUCUUACUCUACAAGCGAAGAAUUGAGUGGCUGACGACCGAGAGUAGACGUUUCUUUGGGGUCAUCGAAGAACGCUGCAUUACUAUUGUCGUUGAUAUUAAAACACAUUCUCCGGAUCUCUUUGAACACUGCCGGGAUGCCCUUGUCAAGGUCAUUGAGGAGCAGAUUCCACAAGUCGCCAAGUUUAAUCUCAUAAGAGCUGCUGAAGAUCAGGUAAUGUUCCAACCAAGCGCAGUGCCGAUGUCACCAGAAAGCAUCAACAGUGCCAUUGACUGGUUGAUGUGUCUGGAUACAGUGGCAGCUACAACCCAGAACAGUGCCUUAGAAGGAGUCAACAAGGCAUUUGCAGAUGGGAAUAUUGAAGCAGUCUACCUAUUUUCUGAAGGAAGUUCAGCUAACACCAACACAGAACUGUUCCUACAGAAGAUGAAUGGUGCACCAGUACCUGUCAACACUGUAGCCUUCAACAACACCGACUCCACAACCAUCAAAUUCCUAAAGCAAGCAGCUGUAUUGACUGGUGGAAGAUUCCAUGCAUUUGCCUUCAAUAAGCUUGAUGCAGAUGUUGUAGGCACAAGCGGAUACUCGCUAGAGAAUCAGGUCAAGCUGGGGGGAGUGCCCCCUGGAGCUGGACCGAGGGAGGAUGUUGUCCUCCUCUGGAGUGAACUUGAAGAAGCACGCAACAUCCUUGCUGAUCUGCAGUCUUUACAGACUGACAUACCUGAGAAUAGCAAACAAAUAGAGCCUCCUGAGGUACCGUUAUCUUCAUCUGAUCAGAAACGAAGCGAACAAAACAUGGGAUCGAAGGAAUGGUUGCAGAAACACGGUUUAAAACCUCGUAAACUCGGACUUUAUGAUACACUAUCACAGGUGGCGUUCAAACACUGUGAUGGGGUCGUUGACCUUAAACGAGCUCCUAAUGAUGACUACACAGAUGCAGACACGAGAAACAAACUUGUAAAUGCGAAAUACUGCAACAAAUUUUGUCACGUGAAGUGGAAGGACGGCAGCGUAAAACACGUACAUGUAACGGCUGAAGUACACAGAGUCUUUGAGAAGAAAGUUAAUGCUGCAUUGCAAGACUAUCAGAGAAGAAUCGACUGGUUACAACAAGGAAGUCGUGAAUUAUUUGGGACCAUAAUAGAGGAACAGGUUUACAUCUUAAUUGAUACAUCAAACUCAAUGGAAAAUCACCUGAACUUAGUCAAGGACAGGCUAUAUCGACUGAUGCAGGAACAACUCCGGCACAAAAUGAAAUUCAACCUGAUCCAGUUUGGAAGUAGAGCUCAUUCGUGGCGGGACCGUAUGGUGGAUGUAAAUGAGGACAGUCUCCAAAGUGCUUGGCAAUGGGUACGAGGGUUAAAGGUCACAGGUUCUACAAACACCUUAGCUGCUUUGAAGAUUGCUCUCUCAGACCCGGGAACGCAAGCUGUGUAUCUAUUGACAGAUGGAAGACCAGAUCAUCCACCUAAGUCGGUUUUAGCACAAGUGCAAUUACAGAAUCGCAUUCCAAUUCAUGCAAUAUCAUUUAACUGCAAUGACACCGAAGCCAACGAAUUCCUCGGACAAAUAGCAGCUGACACCGGAGGUCGGUAUCACUACUACUCCGAGAACACAUCGUUUGAUCCGAUUGGACCAGCACCAUUUGAGAGUGAGGACAUACACCUCCUUAAAGAGGAGAUAAAGAAAGGACGAGAUGACCUUCAGAAAGUCGAGGAACUACGUGCUCAAUGCGCUUUGUUGGACUGGGGCAAUUCUAAUAAUAAUAAUCAAACUCAGGGCUGUGGAAGGAACCACAAUGGAAGAAGGUCUAAACCAACAUCAGCGAAAGGCAAGACAUCUUUCAUUACUGCCUCACAUGCUUUACAGCCAUCACGCUCAGCUUCAUCUCAAGAUUUCUCACAAAGGCCUGCGUCAGCUCUCAGCCAUAGGUCAUCAAUGAGUCAUGAGAGGUGCCGGACGUCCACCUACCCCCCUAGGCCAACGUUGCAGUCAAGAAAAUCUGACUUGACUAGGCCUAACAUUGCUUAUCAUACCAAGACCAGUCUUUUGAGGAUCACAGGGCAGAAAGAUUGGAUGCUGCCAGAAACAAGAAACUUAAUGGACAACCAAUGGGAGCGAUACACAGAAGUACUUAAAAAAGCUGGAAUUGAAAGACCGGAACCUGUAAAAAAGGGCAGGAAGAUAAAGAAGAAAAACUCACUUGAUAUGUCAUCAAGGCAGUGGCUUAAGAAGCAUGGCAUUGCUGCUAAGAAACUGACAAUCAUUGACGCUCUAGGCCCAACCAUGAUACGCCAGAGAUCCAAGUAUGUCCCCAUCUUAGACAAGCAUGUCAUCUCAAAAGUGUUUGAUGAAGUGAUCCCUCUCGCUCACACUACUGGUAGCAAUCGCCGUGAAGUCCAGCUUAUCAACCCUGGUGCAGUGGACCUAGAAGCCUAUGAAGAAAAACUACAAAAGGCCAUUGUUGAAUAUACAGUGAGGCUGGACAAGAUAGUAUGGAGGGCUCUUCCACAAGAUGAAAAGGACAGAUUUGAUUCAGAUAUACCAGUAUCCUUCAUUGAGAAUCGUCGAGACUGUUUGGAUGCACUUGACCGAAUUGGCUGGCCAAUCAAAGAACAGGAUAUAAUCCUCCUUGAAGAGGAGAUUGAAAAGGCUUAUAGAUACCUCCAGCAGAGCGUGGACCUACGAAACGCUUCUAAGAAAAAUAACAAAGAUGAAGAGGUUGAAGAUUAUACACCACAGGAGGCAGGGACAGAAGAUGAUACGCCUCGUACAAAGUUAUCCAAUCAUAGCAGUGUGUUUGAGGAUGAUGCAUUUUCGAGGAGGACUGACACCCCAACUUAUGAGGGCCUCAAUGCCUUGGUCACCGGUAGUGAGAAAACUGUUGACAAACCACUCAAGAAGCCACUUACCAAGCGCCGUGUACGCUGCGUCUUAGACAAAAUGAAUGGAAUGCAAGUGAUAGCACGCAGUGAAGAGGAUGGGUUCUAUUAUAAGGGUACAGUUGUUGAUGUUCCAAAUGCAAGGCAUGUUGAGGUCCAGUUCCAUGAUAUUACCCAGCGGUUGGUGCCGUCUCGUUUUGUCAUUCCCAUGAGCGGAGCCAGGCCAUGCCCCUUCCUCAGGGUCGCUGAUUAUGUAUUGGUAAAAACCGGGAAAGUGCCCUACCAGUGCUGGGUACCAGGUAUGGUUCAAGUCACGCCAAUUCAAGAAGCAAGACAAGCCAAGUUCUACACCGUUAUCAAGUUUAACAACAAAGCGGUUAAUGUUCAGCGCAACUCCAUUGUGAAGAUAACCAAGUCUCGUUACAACUUCGCUCUGAGGUAUAUUUGGGAUUUGCAAGGGCUAGACCUUCAAAAUCAUCAUCCUACAAUUCAAGAAGAGAACGAAACAGUGAAAGUCAGCAAACACAAACAUAAAAAGGAGAAAACAGAGAAGCACAGAGGAAGGGAGAGACACAGACACUCGAGAAAGAAGAAGAAAGAUAGAGAGAGUGGGGAUAAAGGAAAGAAUUCUAUUGUGAGAUUCAGUAGAUCAAGGUCAAGGUCACUCUCAAGGUCAUCCAGCAGAUCAAGGUCAAGAUCAGCUGACACUAAACAGAAAAGAGAAGAAUCCAGUGCUUCUGAGCAUUCACACUCAAGAUCACGUUCAAGAUCCAGGUCAGCAAGAUCUUCAGGAUCUUCAAGAAAAUCAAGGUCAAUGUCUGGUUCUAGAUCAUCAAAGAGUUCCCAAUCAAGAUCUUCACACUCUCAUUCAAGAUCAUCACGCUCACGUUCAAGAUCCUCGCGCUCAAGAUCCUCUCACUCAAGAUCUGGAUCCGCAAGGUCUUCAGUAUCUUCUAGAAAGUCAAGGUCACGUUCAUCCACUGGCUCAAAAGGCUCACAUGCAAGGUCAUCAAGCUCACACUCAAAGUCAUCAGAAAAAUCUCACUCAUCCAAGUCAUCUGCAAAAUCAAAAACUCGUUUGUCUUCUGCGAGGUCAAAGAAUUCGUCAAGAUCAAGAUCACCAUCUCCAGACCAUGAGAAGACUCAGAAAAAUGAUGAUGAAAACAACAGUGCAAAGAGUGAUGGCAGCAAGCACAGAGAAUCAGCAAAUGAUGGUGACUCUACUACUGGUGAUGAUGAAGCUGACAUGGUAGAUUCAAGAGUAAGUAGUGGAUCCAUGAGAGAGUUCCUUCAGAAACUUGAGGAACUCCAAGAGCAGUUGAACCGUCAACAGUCAGAUCACUUUAAGACACAAGAGGAUUUACGCGAGGAAUUGAAAGAAACUGUUAAAAAGAUCAAAGAGGUGCAGCAAGGUUAUGACAGCCAGCACGGCCAGCUUCAGGAUAGGCACAGCGAACUGCAAAACAAACAACAAGAACUCAUAGACAAACAACAGGAGUUGUUUACUAAGCGAAUAUUAACUCAUGAACAGAGCACCCAAUCAGAGGUAGCCCAUCCAUCAAGGAAAGAAAAUGAGAGUGAAAAUGAAGAAGUGGAAGAGUCCAUUGAAGAGGAGGGGGAGGACAAAGACGAAAUUGAGGAAGGAGAAGAAGUUCUUGCUCGCUGGCCUGUAGACGGCUGGUUUUAUAGAGGAACAAUAGAAAAUUUAGCAGAAGACGGUCAAUAUUUUGUAUCGGACAACGUUGGAGCUAUUGAGAAAACCUCAAAAAAAUAUAUUUUCACAGAUAAAGAAGAUUCAGAUAUAAUCAUACAGGUUGGGGACUGUGUCGUUGCUCUUCACCCUGACUACCCCUUCCGCUACGCACCUGCGCAAGUCACGCGUUCAUUCCCCGAUCUGUGGUGUCAGGUUUUGUUUUAUGAUGAUGAGGAGGCUAAAGUUCCGAGAGAAGAGAUUUACAAAAUUAAUACAGAACUUUACGGGGAGCUUGUGGCAUAUAUAAAGAACUGUGAGGAAUCAUGGAUAGGAUCCGCUGUGGUGGCAAGGAACGAUGACGAUGGCAUGUACCAUCUAGCAUCAAUCAAGGAAAGAGUCGACGAAACCUUUAAAUUCCAUCUGGAAUGGGCCGAUGGCCAAGUAAGCUCACAAUUCACCAAGCACAUCUUUGGUACGUUCACACGGCGACAGAGACUAGCCCUGCAAGACCAUGUACUGGCAGUUGCCAAUGCAGUGUCCUUUAUUUACUUGCCCGGAAAAGUCGUCGGAACAAAUGAUGGUUGUAUCAUUGUGAAAUUCUGCAACGGAACAAGCUCAAGCUAUGUGGAUCCUCAGCAGUGCUUCUGGUUGUCUGAAGACUACUAUGAUGAUGUCGUCCAGUUUUUCUUUCAGCAGAGAAGAGCACAGUUCACGGAUUAAG